AUGACUAACCUUGCUCUUUACCAUCGCAUCCGAUUUGCUGUGGGUGAUCCGACUGCGCUCAUCGAACUACCUGGUGAUCCGAAGCAUCGACUGCUCAUUAUUCGCGAUAUCGAAAUGCAACGAGCACGAAGGGAUGCACGAGCGGAUGAAGUGGUCUGUCCGAAGGACUUUGCGCCCAAGGACUGGGAGAUCGGUGAUCGUGAACUCGAGACGGCUCAGUCGGUUGCCGAGUGCUUGCGCGUCAAAGGGAUCGACCACAUCACCACCGAUCGCACACUCCCAGCGGUUUAUUCUCACUACAUUCAGAAAGCAGGGAUCACAAUUGACUGUGAUCCAGAUCUCGGAGUCCGCGAUCGGCGAUCGAAGGAUGCGGAGGAGCUCCAGCAUCUGCGGGAUGCUCAGAAGAUCUCCGAAGGAUGCAUGCAGAUGGCGUGUGAGACGAUUGCACGCUCAAACGCAGCUUCGGACGGUGGUUUGAUUCUUGAGGGUGCCCCGCUGACAUCAGAGCGGAUGUUCGAGUUGAUUGAUAUCUGGUUCCUCAAGCACGGCGGAGCAACACCCCACGGCUCCAUCGUCGCGGGAGGGCCAAUCGGUGCGGACUGUCACGAUCGAGGGGCUGGUCAGCUCUUUACAGGACAGCCGAUCAUCAUCGAUCUGUUCCCAUACAUCAAGUCAUCCCACUAUCACGGCGAUUGCACACGCUGUGUUGUCCACGGUGAUAUCCCUGACGAGGUCGCGAAGAUGCACAAGACGGUCAUCGAAGCAAAGAAAGCCGCGGAGAAUGCGACGCGAGCAGGAGUGACUGCUGAUGCUGUGCACGCAGCGACGAUCAAGGUCAUCGAGGCGAAUGGGUAUUCAAUGGGACUGCCCGAAUUGGACGCUCCAGAUACUGCUUGCACGAUGCCUCACGGUACAGGGCACGGGAUCGGGCUGGAUGUCCACGAACCCCCACUGAUCGAUGUGGGAGGCCCAGAGCUGGUUGAGGGGGAUGUGCUGACUAUCGAGCCGGGACUGUACUGCAAAGCGAUUGGUGGAAUCCGCAUCGAGGAUAUGGUCGCUGUGACGAAGGACGGCAUCGAGAACUUUAACACACUCCAGACCGAUCUGACAUGGGCAUGA